CGUGCUUCCGCUCCCGACUGUCGCGCCGCCGCAGCGUGACGGGUUUCUCUGGCCUGCCAACUCUGCUGCUCUGGAGGAUUCGUGCGUGAUGGUGACUAACUGGCCAUGCUUGUCUUAAAGACGGAUAAACAUCUGAUGAAGCCAUGACCAGGUGGGCACGAGUUACUACCACACAGAACAAAAGACCCUUCCCUGCAACAUCAUGGGAGGACAUGAAGAAGGGGUCCUUUGAGGGAAAAAGCCAAAACCUACCAAAGAGUAAACAACUUGAAGCCGAUAGUCUGUGCCUUAAAAAUCAUGCACCCCAAGCAAAACACAAAAAGAAUAAAAAGAAAAAGGAGUAUUUAAAUGAAGAUGUGAAUGGAUUCAUGGAAUAUCUAAGGCAAAACUCACAGAUGGUUCGCAAUGGGGAGAUGAUAGCAGCAGACAGUCAGGAAGUCAGGGAAGAAAUUGCAGUUGCUUUAAAGAAAGAUAGUCGCCGGGAAGGAAGACGAUUAAAAAGACAAGCAGCAAAGAAAAAUGCAAUGGUAUGUUUCCUUUGUAGAAAACCUGGCCAUGGGAUUGCAGAUUGCCCAGCUGCCCUUGAGAAUCAAGAAAUGGGCACUGGAAUAUGUUACCGGUGUGGAUCCACAGAGCAUGAAAUAACCAAGUGCAAGGCUAAAGUAGACCCAGCUUUUGGUGAAUUUCCUUUUGCAAAAUGUUUUGUUUGUGGGGAAAUGGGACAUCUGUCCAGAUCUUGUCCUGAUAAUCCCAAAGGACUCUAUGCUGAUGGUGGUUGCUGCAGACUUUGUGGCUCUGUGGAACAUCUUAAGAAAGAUUGCCCCAAAAGUCAGAAUUCAGAUCGAAUGGUCACGGUUGGUCGCUGGGCAAAGGGAAUGAGUGCGGACUAUGAAGACAUUUUGGAUGUGCCUAAACCACAGAAACCCAAAACAAAGAUGCCUAAAGUUGUUAAUUUUUGAUUAGUGCUAUCGUUUGUUAGCACCUCAUUGUUAAACAUUCUGAACUGGGCCUACUUCGUAAGUUGGAGCUGGACUCUCCCUUGGAGUCCUGUAUUGUAGAUAUCAGUAUAAUCUAGGUGUGGUCAAACCAGUUCCUGAGUUCUGUCCAUCAGGGAGCACUACUACAGUUGUUUGGAGAAAAUCACUGAAAAAAAGUAUAAUACGUUCAAAAUGGAUUUUCUAAAAGAAUAUAUUUUUAACCAACAGAACUUAGGUGUAACUAAGUGGUUAUAUACCUGAUUGUAACAAUCAUCUUUUUCUAAAAACAAAAUUAUGCAUUAAUAUGAACUAUCCCUAAACAUGGGGUACCUGCUUUGCAUUUGGAAAUGAAUUUUUGUUAUAUUGUUUUCUUGGCUCAAAGCAUCAAUUUAUUGUUAUAUUAGAAAUUAAUUUAUAAUUGCCACAAAAUCUGUAUUUUAAAAGUAUUUAAUAAAAACUCACUUGCUAUUUA